GGCAGGUAGCUUAUUAUUUUUAGUUUGGGUCGUGUUGGUUUGGGGCGAGCUGAGUGGCCAAAGCGGCUGUAGUGGCUACCUCCCGCCUCCCGCGCGCCGUGCUUGGCUGCCCACGGCGCGGUCGCAAGUCCCUGAGGACCAAAAGAAUCUGGUGUCCUUAGCAUCGCUGCCCCCCUGGCGGCCGGGGCGACAGGGAAAGUGUCCUGUCUAGGGUGAUGAGGGCUGUCGGGGCCGCUGCGCUGGGCUGGGCUUUGUUUUCUGCGUCCCCCUCGCAGGCACUCUAGGCGAACGUAGAUCUGGGGCUCCAGGCAGUGGCCCGCGAGCUGGUCGGAGACUGCUGGCACCCGGCAAGACAGGGAAUACGAGAGAGGCCGAUUAUUUCUCUUUAUUCAGAAGCAUAAAGUUGUUUGCUGAUUGCAAGAAGAUGUUUCUUUGGCUCUUUCUGAUUUUGUCAGCCCUGAUUUCUUCAACAAAGGCAGAUUCUGACAUAUCGGUGGAAAUUUGCAAUGUGUGUUCCUGCGUGUCAGUUGAGAAUGUGCUAUAUGUCAACUGUGAGAAGGUUUCAGUCUACAGGCCAAAUCAGCUGAAACCCCCUUGGUCCAAUUUUUAUCACCUCAAUUUCCAAAACAAUUUUUUAAAUAUCCUCUACCCAGAUACGUUCUUGAGUUUUUCACAUGCAGUAUCCCUGCAGCUGGGAAACAAUAAACUGCAGAACAUUGAGGGAGGAGCCUUCCUUGGGCUCAGUGCAUUAAAGCAGUUGCACUUGAACAACAAUGAAUUAAAGAUUCUCCGAGCUGACACUUUCCUUGGCAUUGAGAACUUGGAGUAUCUCCAGGCUGACUACAAUUUAAUCAAGUAUAUUGAACGCGGGGCUUUCAAUAAGCUCCACAAACUGAAAGUUCUCAUUCUUAAUGACAAUCUGAUUUCCUUCCUUCCUGAUAAUAUUUUCCGAUUCGCAUCUUUGACCCAUCUGGAUAUACGAGGGAACAGAAUCCAGAAGCUCCCCUAUAUCGGAGUUCUGGAACACAUAGGCCGUGUCGUCGAAUUGCAACUGGAAGAUAACCCUUGGAACUGUAGCUGUGAUCUGUUGCCUUUAAAAGCUUGGCUGGAGAAUAUGCCAUAUAACAUUUACAUAGGGGAAGCUAUCUGCGAAACGCCCAGUGACUUAUACGGAAGGCUUUUAAAAGAAACCAACAAACAAGAAUUAUGCCCCAUGGGCACAGGCAGUGAUUUUGACGUGCGAAUCCUCCCUCCGUCUCAGCUGGAAAAUGGCUACACCACUCCCAAUGGUCACACCACCCAAACGUCCUUACACAGGUUGGUGACCAAACCACCGAAAACGACAAAUCCAUCCAAGAUCUCUGGAAUCGUGGCAGGCAAAGCCCUCUCCAACCGCAAUCUCAGCCAGAUUGUCUCUUACCAAACCAGGGUGCCCCCUCUUACACCUUGCCCAGCACCUUGCUUCUGCAAAACCCAUCCUUCAGAUCUGGGACUGAGUGUCAACUGCCAAGAGAAAAACAUCCAGUCCAUGUCUGAACUGAUACCAAAACCUUUAAAUGCCAAGAAGUUGCACGUUAACGGCAACAGCAUCAAAGAUGUGGACGUCUCCGACUUCACCGAGUUCGAAGGACUCGAUCUGCUUCAUUUAGGCAGCAAUCAGAUUACCGUGAUCAAGGGAGACAUAUUCCGCAAUCUCACGAAUUUACGCAGGCUGUAUCUCAACGGCAAUCAGAUCGAAAGACUCUAUCCCGAAAUAUUUUCAGGCCUUCAUAACCUGCAGUAUCUGUAUUUGGAAUACAACUUGAUUAAGGAAAUCUUAGCGGGCACCUUUGACUCGAUGCCAAACUUGCAGCUCCUGUACUUAAAUAAUAAUCUCUUAAAGAGCCUGCCCGUGUACAUUUUCUCAGGAGCACCCCUUGCUAGACUGAACCUGAGGAACAACAAGUUCAUGUACCUGCCUGUCAGCGGGGUCCUGGAUCAGCUGCAGUCUCUCACGCAGAUCGACUUGGAGGGCAACCCAUGGGACUGCACUUGUGACUUGGUGGCAUUAAAGCUGUGGCUGGAGAAGCUGAAAGACGGGAUUGUCAUGAAAGAACUGAAGUGUGAGACACCCGUGCAGUUUGCCAACAUCGAACUGAAGUCCCUCAAAAAUGAAAUCUUAUGUCCCAAGCUCUUAAACAAGCCAUCGGCACCCUUCACAAGCCCUGCACCUGCCGUUACAUUCACCACCCAGCUGGGGCCCAUUCGCAGUCCUCCUGGGGGUCCAGUGCCUCUGUCAAUUUUAAUCCUCAGCAUCUUAGUGGUCCUCAUCUUAACUGUGUUUGUUGCUUUUUGCCUUCUUGUUUUCGUGCUGAGACGAAACAAGAAGCCCACGGCGAAGCACGAAGGCCUGGGGAACCCCGAGUGCGGCUCCAUGCAGCUGCAGCUGAGAAAACACGACCACAAAACCAACAAAAAAGACGGACUGGUCACAGAAGCUUUCAUUCCACAAACCAUAGAGCAGAUGAGCAAGAGCCACACCUGUGGCUUGAAAGAAUCCGAAACCGGGUUUAUGUUUUCUGAUCCUCCAGGCCAGAAAGGCAUGAUGAGAAAUGUCCCCGACAAGGAGAAAGAUGUAUUGCACGUGGAUACCAGGAAGAGACUGAGCACCAUCGAUGAGCUGGACGAAUUAUUCCCGAGCAGGGAUUCCAAUGUGUUUAUUCAGAAUUUUCUCGAAAGCAAAAAGGAGUACAAUAGCAUAGGCGUCAGUGGUUUUGAGAUCCGCUAUCCUGAAAAACAACAAGACAAAAAAAACAAGAAGUCACUGAUAGGCGGCAACCACAGUAAAAUAGUUGUGGAGCAAAGGAAGAGCAGCGAGUAUUUUGAACUGAAGGCAAAACUCCAGAGUUCCCCCGACUACCUACAGGUCCUUGAGGAGCAGACAGCUUUGAACAAGAUCUAGGUCAUGCAAUCUUACUUCCUACAGAGGACAUUUAUUUAAUGAUGAAAGUGCCUUUUGUUGACUUCUAACUUCCAAAUACUAUAUUAUCAAUAGGCAUAGAGGCAGGUGUUUCCAAGGGUGUCUCAUUAACUGUAGCUGCAAAGAUGUGUCCCGUAGAAGAGAAUUCCCUUAAUAGAUUUUACUACAUAAAACCUAUACUGUGGAGUCCUGUGGGAAUACUGCAAACUCUAUUGCCAAAGGGAUGCUUUAGAUACAUAAUUCACUGAAUUUAACCUCAAGAGGCAAAUCUGUUUUGUACCCCAAUGCAAAACCUUCGUCUCUUUGUGCUCUGUAAAGCAAACUCAAGAAAACUGUACCAGUGUUUGUACCUCAGCUGGGUCCUUCAUCUUGCACGUAGAUUCAGUUGGUGGAACUGGAAUAUUCCUUUUGAUUUGUGGCAUUGUUACAACUCUGUGUAAAGAUUCUCUGAAAAGUUAAAAAAAAAAAAAAAAAAAAAAGCAUGCCAAGAGAGAACAUUCGAUAGUAUUUGUAAACUGGUAACCUUUAUGGCCUGCAUCUUGAAACUGCUGGAUUUAUAAUGUUAAAUUGUGCAAAUAUUUGUUUAAAAUAUACCAUGCAUUAUAUAACCAUAAAAUAAAUUUGAACACUUUAAGCAUUACCUGUCUAGACAUAAAACCUAAAAGAGAAAAGAGAAAUCAACGUGAGUUACCUAGCGUUUGCGGUGAUCUGAAGAAAUACGUGAUGUUUAUCAGAAUUAAACAUGGCUCAAAUUCAACUAAUAUUAGAGUUUGUUCUCAGUUAUGUGAAAUACCCACAAUCCUUAAAGGUUGUCCAAAAUUAGCAAAGUGCUUACCGUGUGAGCGCACCCAAAGCUAUUUUUGUAACAUAAUUCAUAUUUAUGAAGUACUUUGUAUACUAAAUAGGAAAAUAUGUACUCCUUAAUCUGUAUUUAAUAUGCCUGACUUGUUUUCCUGAUCACAGGGAAUUUAUCAAUAAGUAUACAUUUAGACAGCAAAAAUAUACCAAACUGAAACUGAAGCUUAUGUGUACAGAAAUAUUCUGGACAUUGUGAUCAGGUAUCAUUUAAAAACAAAACAAAACAAAAAAACACAAAAAAAAAAGUACAAAAAAAUAGUUCUGUGCUAUUCUUGAGAAUUUAGCAUAUUAUCUUCAGAUUUGUUACCAACUGUGCAUUUUAAAAUAGGUUCCUUUGUUUUAUGGACUGUGUGUGGGGCAGUUGUCAUUUGCCAUCACUUGUCUUGCUUUUCAGAAUUCUAUGAACUGAAUUCAAAUAGUUUUCACUACAAAUAUUUAAAAAAUUAAUGAGUAAGGUUAAUAGUUAUAUCUUGUAUGCAUCAGUAUCCUGUUCUUUCAUCAUUCUGACUACUAUCAGAUUAUCAAGUAGAACAGUAAACAUCAUGGUGAUCGUGGCUAUCAAAGCCACACUGUAAAAUGCUUUCAUUGGUCUCAGAUUCGUUCACAGUCUGCAAGUACAAAUGAUAUGUCACUGUGUUUGCUUGUGCUGUUAACUUCUAAGUCAAAAUUGGUCAAAGGAGGGAAGCACUUGAUCAUGGGAGAUAUUUUAAUAUUUUUAGGUUCUCCUGAUUAGCAAAGGAACAUCCUGAAACACACUGCCUUCUUGGCCUGCCUGCAUAUGUAUAUUUUUCCUGCUCCAUGUCUUUAUAGUUACUGUAUUGAUCAGUAAGGUGACCAAGAAGGUAAAUGUAGGCAUUCUUCAUGAAUUUCAAGUGGCACGUGUUUUGGUGCAGCUUCUAAAAUGAUAUUAUGGUUAACGUCGUAACAGCAGUCCCUUUAUUAAUGACUAAUUCCAGGGCUUUAUGUGUUUGUUGCGAGAUAAAAAACAAACAAACAACUUGGCAUUCUUGGAGGUGUGUGUGUGUGUGUGUUUGGGUGUACAUGCAUACAUAUAGAUAAUUUGGAGAUUUUUGUUAAAUAGCAGAAUAAAUUGUCUCCAUAUGUAUGUGCUGGUGCUCUUAAAACUUUAAUGUGUAAUUUUCAUGACAAUGUGAAAACUUUAUAUGAAUAUUAAAAAUAAAUAAAUACUUGCUUUCUGA